ACCGUUUCAUCGCUAGAUACAAAAUGUCAGCAAAACGAGAGCUCAUGAAACCGGAAGAAUCAGUGCCGAAAAAGUUUUUCCGUUACACUCUCAAGGGAGCAUAUUUUUAUGGAAUUCAAACUGGAGAAGGUUGCUCCUUGGAUGACCUUGUGGCUUACACUUACCUGAAAAACAAAAAAGAAGAUCGCCCGGAAACGGUUCAAUCGUUGGUGAAACAAACUACGACUUGCCUCCAAUCGCAAGGACUGCUGACACAAACUGACGAUGGCAAAUACCAUUUGACCCAUGCAAUGACCAAUUUUUCAACUGUUGCAAAUGAUCCCUCUGAUUCACCUAACUUACCCGGUGCUAGUUCCACGGAGCAAAACGAUCCAGGUUCGAAAUCCAGCAAACCGGACGGGAGUGCACAGUCGGAAUCUUCGUUUCAGUCUAGCGUUAACCAUCAACCGGAAACCGAAGACACGCCGUCACCAACUAAAUCCCAUGCGUCAAGCGAUAGCGGAAUGGACGAACCCACAUUGCUGGACCGAAAGGGAAAGGCAGUCAUCCUACCAAAACAUCGCCAACAUUCUGACGACCAGCAGGGUACGAGUCCGCCGCCAGAUGCUGAGUUGAUGCCCAAAUUGAUGCCACUAUCAUUUGACUACGAUCAGCCGGAUGAAGAUGCCUCGGGACCCGGCGAAGCAGGGUGUAGUUCGAAUCUUUCGGUGAACUUACCGGAGCUGACGCCCUUGGCUAGAAAAUUUAACUUCCUUUACUCCGAUGAUGAUUCGGACUAAAUUGUGUGUCUAGCAUGGUUGUAUAUUUUUAACGGUUAUUUAUUAUAAAUUUAUAGACGCUAUCCUUGGUUAUUUAAAGAACUUGGUAAUA